GUGGGUCGGAUAUCAGAUCCGGAUAAACCCGGAUUAUACCGUAUAAACUGUAAAGAGGAUUUAGGGUUUUUGGCAGCUUCGAAUAUAAAACAGACAUUACAGAAAAGCCGCCCCAAGGUUGCUCUUCUGCAUUUUCCUAUCUCGGUGAUUUGAGAUUAAUUGGAUUGCAUUGAGUUUGGAAGACUCAGCCAAGAUGCAGAAUGAGGAGGGGCAAAACAUGGAUCUUUAUAUUCCCAGGAAGUGCUCUGCCACCAACAGACUGAUCACUUCCAAGGAUCACGCAUCUGUCCAGAUCAACAUUGGGCAUGUGGAUGAGAGUGGCAGAUACACUGGGCAAUUCUCAACCUUUGCUCUUUGUGGAUUCAUUCGCGCCCAGGGCGACGCUGACAGUGCACUCGAUAGGCUCUGGCAGAAAAAGAAAGUUGAAGCCCAACAACAGUAAUUGAGCUUUGCUCAUCGUAGAGGUUGAAGUUGUUCUUCAAUGGUUUUUCCAGAGUACUAAGGAUCAAUUUAAUACUUUAUGUGAGGAGGCCAUAUUUUUGUUAAUGGUGAAAUUUUAGGAACAAAUCAGACAUCUAUCUACAAUCUACAUGUUUUCUCGUUUCGUGGCCUAUUUUA